AUGUCUACACCCUCUAUUAAUGACACUGUUGAACCCAAAGAUGCCGAUCAGUCCAGGCUACAAAAUACUAUGCAUACUGAGGGGGUAGAUAUUGUUGAGGAGCCGAAGUUGAGAAUGGUGUUUAAAUAUGAAAAUGAGUUACUUUCUUAUUAUAAAAGAUAUGAGCAACAAUGUGGUUUUAGAGUAAUGACACAAAUGAGUCAUAGAUUUGAGGAUGAGAGCGUUAAAUAUGUCACAUUGGGUUGUGCUUGUGGUGAGAAGGCACGAAACCGUACGACAAAUGUCGCUAGGCCACAUUCGACAUCAAAGACAGACUAUAAGGAAAUGAUAAAUGUUAUGUUUGAAAAAUGGGUGUUGAAGGUGUCAAGUGUUAACAAUUCCCAUAAUCACUACCUAAGUCCACAAAAGUCAAGAUUCUUUCACUGCAAUAGAGAAGUAAGCGAGUAUGUUAAGAGAGUGUUAGAUAUAAAUGAUCAGGUUGGGAUCAGAAUGAACAAGAAAGGCACAAGAGUUUUGCCUCUCUUGUACAAGAAGCAGACUUGGUUGACCUAUAUGGAUGGUGAAGCUCCCAAGGCUAUUAUCACAAAUCAAGAUAGAGUCAUGAAUAAUGCAAUAAGUCUCGUCUUUCCAAACAGUCAACACAAAUUUUGCUUAUGGCACAUAUUGAAAAAAUUGCCUGAGAAGCUAGGUUUACAUGGUGCAUACAAAACUGAGUUGAAAAGUCAAUUGCUAAACUGUGACUGUGUGUAUGACUCUCACACAAUAGAGGAGUUUGAGGGGUCUUGGGAAGUGUUAAUUACAAAGUACAACUUGCAGAAGAAUGCUUGGUUGAAGAGUUUAUACGCUGAGCGUACGUAUUGGGCACUGGUGUUCAUGAAAGAAGUUUUAUGGGCAGGAAUGAGUACAACCCAACAAAGCGAGAGCAUAAAUGCUUUUUUUUACGGGUAUGUUCAUGCUAAGACAAACUUAAAAGAGUUUGUCGAUCAGUUCAAUAAUGCAUUGAAGAAGAAGAUUGAGAAUGAAAGUGAGGCAGACUUCUACUAA